AAUCUUCAAAUUCAUUUCAUUCCAAGAUUCACGCAAUUUUUUUUAUAUUAAUCAUCUAUCAUUACUUGGUUUUCCUAAGUUUAAUAAGUGAUUACAGUUAAAAUACAAAUACAAUAAAUAGGAUCAUUUUUUGUGUUAAUAUUAAAUUAAUAUUUCAGGAUAAUUGGUGACUCGAGCAUUAAACAUGUGGAAAAUAUUGUUCCAUUUACUUGGAGCAAUACAGUUUUCUUACGGCUGUUAUUAUGAUUUCAUGUAUGUAAGAGUGCCUAGCACCUCAACUUCUGUAACCUCUUUUGGCGGAAAAUUUAAAUACUUGACUUAUUUAAAUGCAAUGCUUCAAACUGCAUAUUUUACAGUUGCUUUACUUAAUGAUGUGAUAGGUACUGAUGAACCAAUGCCAUCUAAUAAACCUUUUAUAAGGCGCCUUAAAGACACUGUAUUUAGUUCUCUUGCAUUUCCAUUGUCUAUGUUUGUGGGAAUAACUUUCUGGGGAAUAUAUGCAGUGGACAGAGAACUCAUUUUGCCAAAAGUUAUGGAUGCAUACUUUCCAUUUUGGUUAAAUCAUGUAAUGCAUUCCAAUAUUGUUAUAUUUAUAGUGAUUGAACUUGUUACCUCUUUCAGAAUGUAUCCUAAUAGAAAAAUAGGGUUAUCUAUACUUUCUAUUUUUAUGCUUGGGUAUGCCAUUUGGAUACACAUCAUAUUCUUUAAGACUGGUAGCUGGGUCUAUCCUGUACUUUCUGUGAUGAGUUGGCCUGUGAGGAUAAUGUUUUAUAUUUUUGGUCUUGGAUUUGUUAGUGCUUUGUAUUCUCUCGGAGAAACUCUUAAUAAAAAUGUUUGGUCGAAAGAAGUAGAGUCUACUGUACGGUCUGGCAAGAAGAAGGCCAAAUAAUUAUUGAUAGAUUAAUUAAAUUAUAGCUUUGGCUUACUUUUUAUAAUAAGCCCAGAUAGCUUUAAAGAUUUCAUAAUAAUAGUGUUUGAUGGGCAAUCUUAGUAUUAAAAUGGGUGGUUUGGCUGAUAUUUGAUUUUUGAAUGCAUAAGGUAUCCUCGGAUAAGUAUGUGAUUAUAUCUAUAUUGUUACUAUUAUUGAUUUUUAUUCAAUAGCAUUGUAUAAAUGAUAAACUCAGUUAAUUUAUUUAAAUUAACAUGUUUAUAUAAUAUUUAAGUCAGUAUUUAUCUUUUAUACUCAAUAUUUUUAUAAUUUUUUUGAUUUGUGAACUGUGUGUUGAGAUUGAGUGGCUUUAAAAAUGUUACGUUAGGAGGAUGCUCUCUAUGGAGUAUGCUUCAAUGAAAGAGAUUAUUAAUUUUGUAUUCCUCAUUUCAUUUUUCUUGUUUUAAAUAUUUGUUACUUAAUUGUAUUGCCUUAAAAUGAUUGUUUUUUUUACAAUUAAUGUAAUAGCUCUAAUAAGCACAAUAUAAAUAUAGAAAUGUUACUUGGAAAUUAUAAAGCACAUGUAAUUCUUUAAUAACAAAAAUAUUGUAGUGGCAAUGGUAUGUAUUAUGAGCCAGUUAGUGUUCAUAGUUUAACUUAGUGCUGGGCAUCAUUCCAGAUUGAUAAAGUACCAGUGAUUUAUUAUGUACGUAAGUUGCUUCAUAUAGUAUUGCUAGAAAAUUUGCAAAUUGGUGAACAAAGCAAUAAAUUUUUUAUACAACAA